AUGGCUGCACCGAUGAAGACGAUGGUGCUCCGCGGCUGCGCCUCCUCCUCGUCCGUGGUGCGGUCGUGCUCCCGAGCGACCUUUUCAACGCUCCCCGCCCGUCCGAUGCCUCUUUCUUCAAUGCUCCCCCUCGCUGCCCGGGCCACCAGCAUUGCCUCGACCGCCCGCUUCUUCUCUCGAACGCCCCUCCAGCACAACGCCGCCGCCGCCGCCGCCCCGUCCACCGCGGCACUUGACUGGAACUCGUUUUUCCAGCUGCGCGUCAAGCGCCGCCGCAUCCAAAUGGUCUUUUCGCUCGCAUCAGGAGUGCUCGGUGGCGGCGCCGGUGCCGUGGCGCUGUCGAGCGGCGCUGCGGACAGCCUGAUUGGCAUGGUGCCGCUCGACCCCUUUGUCACGCUCGGCAUCGCCACGCUGUGCGCUGGUGGUCUCGGCUGGCUUAUUGGGCCCAUCCUCGGCAGUCAGGUGUUUUACCUGCUGAACCGCCGGUACAAGACGCAGAUGCUGCAAAAGGAGAGUGAAUUCUUGACGCGUGUCAAGAAGCACCGCAGCGAUCCGACGCAGUCGAGCACCAGCAACCCAGUUCCCGACUACUAUGGCGAAAAGAUUUCGAGCGUUGCUGGCUACCGUCGCUGGCUCAAGGACCAACGCGCCUUUAACCGCAAGAAGAAUGCCAACUUUGUAUAA